AAUUCACAAAUUUUCCUUUCACAAGUUCCACUUCGACAUAACUUCAUGGGAAACACUCGGUUCAUUCUGGCUCUUAUGUUGGUGGUGUUGCUGCCUAAUUUUGGGGUUUCAUUCUCUAUCAAAUCCACAACAACCAACAUCAGCACAGACCAGUUGGCUCUUCUUGCACUAAAAGCCCGAGUCAACAGUGAUCUUCUGGCAACCAACUGGUCAACUGCUACCUGUAUUUGCAAUUGGGUUGGUGUCACUUGCGGAUCUCGACACCACAGAGUCAUUGCUUUGGAUCUAUUUGGCAUGAAUGUCUCUGGAACCAUACCACCAGACAUGGGAAAUCUGUCUUUCAUUGCUUUCCUCAACAUUGGAAACGACAGCUUUUACGGUUCGAUGCCUAUCGAGUUGGCUAAUUUGCGUCGGUUGAGAUAUCUUCUUUUGCCUAACAACAAUUUCAACGGGGAAAUCCCAUCCUGGUUUGGUUCCUUCUCUAAACUUCAAAACUUGAGUUUAGCCGGUAAUAACUUCCUGGGAGAUAUCCCAUCUUCUUUGUGCUCUUUGUCAAAACUAGAGUUCUUGAGCUUGUAUAACAACAAUCUGCAAGGACGUAUCCCUGUGGAAAUCGGAAAUCUUUCUAGCUUGAGAUUUUUAUAUUUGGACAGCAAUCAGCUUUCAGGCUCCAUACCUUCCUCAGUCUUCAGCAUAUCUUCAUUGCUAGAGAUUCGUCUUAGCUGCAAUCAGCUAAUUGGUUCCAUACCUUCCAUCCCACUCAACAUGUCUUCCUUGCAAAAAAUUGCUUUAACAUUUAAUAACCUUACUGGUCAUAUCUCGUCAGAUAUGUUUGAUCGUUUGCCUAAAUUAAAAGGGCUUUACAUGAGUUUUAACCUCCUUUCUGGUCUAAUUCCAAGGAGUUUAUUCAAGUGUCAAGAGUUAAAAAUUUUAUCCUUAUCUGAUAAUCAUUUCGAAGGAACUAUUCCGAAAGAAAUAGGAAAUUCGACUAUGCUCGAGCUUUUGUAUAUUGCAGGCAACAACCUCAAAGGUGAAAUUCCACAACAGAUUGGUAACUUAACAUUUCUGACAGAGCUUGAUUUUUCCAGUAAUAAAUUGACAGGUGAAAUUCCACAACAGAUUGGUAACCUAACACUUCUGACAGAGCUUGCUCUUGCCCUUAAUAAAUUGACAGGUAAAAUACCACUUGAGAUAGGCAACCUGCCAAAAUUAGAAAUUUUGGAUUUGGAACGUAAUAGUAUUUUCGGACAUAUCCCUCCUCAGAUCUUUAAUGGCUCAACUCUGCGGGCCAUUUCACUCAAUUCAAACCAUCUCUCAAGUCGUCUUCCAUGGAGCACGGGACUUUGGCUUCCAAAACUUGAAUGGCUUGCUAUUGAUUUUAAUGAGUUAAAUGGAACAAUACCUACCACCAUCUGUAAUGCCUCUAAGCUAAUGCACCUUGACUUGUCAUAUAAUUCAUUUUCCGGAUAUUUUCCCAAUGGCCUCGGAAAUCUAAGAGAUCUACAAUUUCUCAACUUACAGAAUAAUAAUUUAGCUCACUCACCUUCAUCUCCAGAAUUGAGCUUUCUCUCUUCUUUAGCUCAUUGCAAAGACUUGAGGCUCUUGUCUUUUUGUUUUAAUCCAUUGAUCGAUGCUGAACUUCCUAUCUCUAUAGGAAAUCUCUCUAUUUCUAUUCAAACAAUCGCUGCUUCGCACUGCAACAUUGGAGGAAACAUUCCAGGAGAGAUUGGCAACCUAAUCAACUUGAUCAACUUGUACAUACCUAACAAUGAAUUGAUUGGAUCUAUUCCCACCACAAUUGGAAGAUUAGAAAAGUUGCAAGGUCUCUUUCUUCAUGGCAAUAAGUUAGAAGGAUCUAUUCCAUCUGAGUUAUGCCAUCUGAAGAGUUUAGGUUUCUUGAAUCUUACAGGUAACCAAUUGUCUGGAUCAAUACCAACAUGCUUGGGUGAUAUCAUUUCUCUUAGAAAGCUAUUUGUUGACUCCAACAAGUUAAUUGGCUCAAUACCCUCGACCUUCACAAGGCUUGUGGAUAUCUUGCAACUAGACUUAUCUUCCAAUUUUCUUAGCGGGGAUCUCCCAAUUGACAUUGGAAAUUGGAAGGUUGUUACAAUGAUUGAUUUUUCCGAAAAUCAAUUUUCAAGUGAAAUUCCGAGUAGCAUUGGUGCUCUUGAAGACCUAACUUAUCUUUCUUUAUCCGGUAACAGAUUGAACGGGUCUAUACCUGAGUUAUUGGGUGGGCUGAUAGGACUGCAAUUUUUGGAUCUAUCAAGGAAUAAUUUCUCUGGAAUUAUUCCAAAGUCCUUGCAAAAACUCUUGCAUCUCGAGUUUUUGAAUGUCUCAUUUAAUAGAUUGCAGGGAGAAAUUCCUAAUGGAGGACCUUUUGCCAACUACUCAAUUCAAUCAUUCAUGGGGAAUGAAGCGCUAUGUGGUGCACCUCGACUACAACUCCCACCAUGAACAAGUAAUUCUGCUAAACAUUCAAGGAAAGCUAUUAAGCUUAUAGAAUUUAUUCUAUUGCCAGUUGGC